CGCGCACGCGAUGCGCCGGGAAAGAAGCGCGCGCUCUGGCCGCGAAAUCCUUCUCGCGCCGUUCGUGGCCGAAAUGAGGAGCGGAGCCUCGAGCACGACUGUGGAGUCCCACGCGCGACGCCCCCCGGGUAGUUGGCAAAGAAGUCACGUAUAAAUCCAGUUUCCUCCCUUCCUCCGUCUGCGUGUCUCUCGGCGUCUGCUGUGCGCGUGGCGGAGUCUCUCCCGCCGGUCUCUCCAUGGCUCCCUCCCUCCGCUCUCUCUCCGCUCGUGUCCUCGUCCUCCUCCUCGUCCUCCCGAUGUCAUGGACACGGAGCAGCUUCCUGCCAUGAAGGGGAAGGCGAGCGGCGCUCCUGCGCGUAGGUCCGAGCCCGACGCCCCGAGAAGCGGCGCCGCCGUGCUGGAUGAAGCGGAGGACGGCGAGGGGGAGCGCGGAGCCGCCGCAGGUGGAGAUGGGGGCACGAGCACGAAGAGCCCGACCGCCACCAGCGAGCCGUGGGCGGCGCGGGGCGAUGGAGCGACACCUGCCGCCGCCGCCGCCGCCGCCGCCGCCGCCACACCUGGACCUGCGGGCUCAGGGGGCCACACGCCCACGGCGGGGGUGACGCCGCCGAGUGCCGCCGAUGUCAAGUGCCCCGGGAGCGGGGAGUGCGGGAGGGAGUCUCCCCCCGCGGGCAGCCCGGCUUCGCCGGGAGACUCUAAAGCGGACGGAGCGACGACGAGUGCCGGAGGGGCGGCGGCCGAUGACGGAGACAGGUGGGCGGCGUGCGCCCCCCAGGGUCCGGGGGCCACCGGGGCCGAGGCCGGGCUCUCCGAAAAGAAGGAGUCCAAGGUGUCCUUCUCGAACGCGCCCAGCCGGAAGGCCUCGUCCUGCGUGCACGUGCAGGUGCAUGCUCCGGCGCAGGGUCCGAGCCGGCAGCCUCGCAGCUCCGUCACGUUCGUGCGCUCCGAGGAGGGCGCGCCGGCGGCGGCGGCGGCGGCGGUGGCCGAGGACGCGGAGCAGAGGGGCAGUCAGGGCAGCUUCAUGCAGCGGCAGCUGGGCAGCAUGUUGCAGCCGGGGGUCAACAAGUUCUCCCUGCGCAUGUUCGGCAGCCAGAAGGCGGUGGAGCGCGAGCAGGAGCGGGUCAAGUCGGCGGGCAGCUGGAUCAUCCAUCCCUACAGCGACUUCAGGUUCUACUGGGAUUUCACCAUGCUGCUGUUUAUGGUGGGAAACCUCAUCAUCAUCCCUGUGGGAAUCACCUUCUUCAAAGACGAGACCACCACGCCGUGGAUCAUCUUCAACGUCGUGUCUGACACCUUCUUCCUCAUGGACCUGGUGCUCAACUUCCGCACGGGCAUCGUCAUCGAGGACAACACAGAAAUCAUCCUUGACCCCGAGACAAUAAAGAAGAAGUACCUGAAGACUUGGUUCGUGGUGGACUUCGUGUCUUCCAUUCCUGUGGAUUACAUCUUCCUGAUUGUGGAGAAGGGCAUCGACUCCGAGGUCUACAAGACGGCCCGCGCCCUACGCAUCGUGCGCUUUACCAAGAUCCUCAGCCUGCUCAGACUCCUGCGUCUUUCCAGGCUCAUCCGCUACAUCCACCAGUGGGAGGAGAUCUUCCACAUGACCUACGACCUGGCCAGCGCCGUGAUGCGCAUCUUCAACCUGAUCGGCAUGAUGCUGCUGCUGUGCCACUGGGACGGCUGCCUGCAGUUCCUCGUGCCCAUGCUGCAGGACUUCCCCGAGGACUGCUGGGUGUCGCUCAACAAGAUGGUGAACGACUCGUGGAGCGAGCUCUACUCCUUCGCCCUCUUCAAGGCCAUGAGCCACAUGCUGUGCAUCGGCUACGGGCGCCAGGCCCCCGAGAGCCUCUCCGACAUCUGGCUCACCAUGCUCAGCAUGAUCGUUGGAGCCACCUGCUACGCGAUGUUCAUCGGACACGCCACGGCCCUCAUCCAGUCGCUGGACUCCUCUCGACGACAGUACCAGGAGAAGUACAAACAAGUGGAGCAGUACAUGUCCUUCCACAAACUGCCAGCCGACUUCCGGCAGAAAAUCCAUGACUACUACGAGCACCGCUACCAGGGCAAGAUGUUUGAUGAAGAGAGCAUCUUGGAGGAGCUCAGUGAGCCUCUGCGGGAGGAAAUUGUGAACUUCAACUGCCGAAAGCUGGUGGCCUCCAUGCCCUUGUUUGCCAACGCUGAGCCGAACUUUGUGACGGCCAUGCUCACCAAGCUGCGUUUUGAGGUCUUCCAGCCCAAGGACUACAUCAUCCGGGAGGGCACCAUCGGCAAGAAGAUGUACUUCAUCCAGCAUGGCGUGGUCAACGUUCUGACCAAGGGCACCAUGGGCAUGAAGCUCUCGGACGGCUCCUACUUUGGAGAGAUCUGCCUCCUGACGAGAGGGAGGCGCACGGCGAGCGUCCGGGCCGAGACCUACUGCCGCCUCUACUCGCUCUCCGUGGAUCACUUCAACGAGGUGCUCGAGGAGUACCCCAUGAUGAGGAGGGCCUUCGAGACGGUGGCCAUCGACCGGCUCAACCGCAUAGGCAAGAAGAACUCCAUCCUGAUGCAUAAGGUCCAGCACGACCUCAACUCGGGGGUCUUCAACAACCAUGAGAACGAGCUCAUCCAGGAGAUCGUGAAGUACGACCGCGAGAUGGUGCAGCCGGUGGACCCGCAGCGGCCACGCGCCAUGUCCGCCACCCCACCUGUGCACGGGGGCAUCUUUGCGCCGCCCGGGCAGCCGCCCGUCGGCUCCGCCAUCGCCACGCUGCAGCAGGCCGUGGCCAUGAGCUUCUGCCCGCCGAUGCUGGGCCCCCUGGCAGGCCCCGGGGCCCUGUCAUCUCCGCGCAUGGUCCGCCGCUUCCAGGUGCUGCAGAGCCUCUCCAGUCCCGUGUCCACCUCUCCGCUGCAGGCCCCGCCCCCCGCGCCCGGCGGAGCCUUUGCCUCGGCCCUCUCCAGCCCCCCGGUACUGAGCCCGCUGGCUGCUGGCGCGGGGCGGACCUUCCAGUACAGCUGCAGCCCUCUGAGCGGCGUCCCUUCGGCCUCCCAGCUGUCCCUGGCCCAGCUGCACCCGGGGCCCAGCCUCAUGCAGCGGCCCGCUGCCCAGAGGGGCGGGAGCAUCAGCCACGAGGUCCGAGCGCUGUCCGCCUCCCAGUCCUCGCUGCCCCAGGAGGGAGCCGCGCCUGCCGCCCCCAGCCCCCCUCCAUCCACAUCCGCCGUGCCCCCGACAGGACCUCAGCCCGGCGCUCAGGGUCCUGCGGGCUCCAGGGCCAGCGUGCCGCAGAAAGCGGGGUCAGCGGGAGCCGCCCCCGCCGGCCCCGCCUCCGCGGCAGACUCAUCCGCCGAGGCGCAGGGCGUCCCGGACUCCGGGCCGGACAGGAGAGAUUCGGCGGUCGGGCUUUCGGAGACGGACGCCGCCAGAUCCCAGCUGCCGUCCGACUUGUGACGCAGACUGAGCCCCGCGCUUGUUCUGCGUCUUUAUGCCGUUUCUGCGGCUCCCCCCCAAAGCUGCGCCUGCCCCCAUUCUGUCUCAGUGGCCCCCGUGAGUCCCGUCCAUCGCUGUACGAAAGAAGGGACUCGCUUUGAGGAAUGAAGGCUUUGGUGGCCCGGGAAGUUCUGCUCACGGGACAGAAAACGCACGGAACUGCCGGUGUUUCACGCCGCCGCUCCAUCUUAAGCUCAUUUGUAAAUAGGACAAAAGACGAACCCUACUUUUAUUUUCUGCAGACCAAAGCUGAGCUUGAACGCAAAGCCGAGUGGCGUCUUUGUGGACCAAGGAGGGAAAAUACGAUGUAAAAAGAAAUGGCAUUUAUUGAACUGCCUUGAUUCCAACUUCAGAAGCCAUAUUUCGGUCCAUGUAUGUGUGUGUUUGUGUGCGCGUGUGCAUGCUGGAUGAGUGUUUGCAUUUUUCCACCACUCGACCAGGCCUGUUACAGUCCCCUAAUUGGCCCGAAGUCGUAAACACGCUGCGUUCCUCUGCUGACCCGAGGCCCGUCGCCCAAAAGCUCCUCUCGCGGAUGUCGAUUCGUCUGGAAUCCCGACUGCGAUUCAUCCAAAGUUGAAUCUCUGACGCGUUCCCCUCGUUCGCCUGCUGACGCGCCGUCUCCCAGCACAGCGGGGAGCGCGCGCAGGCGUCUCCCUCGGCUCUUCCCUCGGCUCUUCCCUCGGCCCAUGAGCGGCGAAGGAGGCCUCUAUGCAAAGCCCACGUUGGCGCCAUCUUCUCGCUCGGCCCCGUGGCAUCUGGAACGAGGUGGUGCAGCAGGGGUGUGAUCCAUCUCCCUCUGGGAUGGAGGAUCGAAGCCCCCGUUCGGAAGAUCAUGGGUGAUUGCGGCGGAGCCCCGAGUAUUCUGGAACGUUCUGGAAGUUUCCAACGGCCCGAGCGGUUGGGCUGAGGGAGGCCACGAGCACAUCGUACAGCACCGGCCUGUUUCAUACGUGCCCUCCAUGUCGAGGCGUGACGGAGAGCCUCUCUGUGCAUCGUUUAACACCGGUGUAAAUCCUGGAAGUCAAAGGGAAAAUGACAGAUUGCGCCCACGGUGCGGACGGUCCGACACGUGUAAAUAUGGACGGGUCGUCGCUCCGGUUGCCGUCGGCUUUGAACAGCGGAGCGGAAAGAAGGGCGUCUGCGGGACCCCUGAGCUCCACGUCCUUCUUCCCAAAGUCGCCGAGCAGUCAGAAGCUCCAGCAGCUCUUUGGUGUCACUUGCAAGGUUUCCUUCAGAGCGGUGCGACGUCGCCGUGACGUUCCGCUGGUGAGGAGCCUCUGCGUGGCUAUGCGUGCACACACACACACACACUUUGCUUGCAAACUGAUUUAGCUGUUUUUCCCUCCUUUGUGCAAAGCGAAACAUCAGUGAAGGCAAACACUUGAGCAGCAGCUGUGUGUGUGUGUGUGUGUGUGUUUCUACACAACUCUUUCAGUCUUUAAGUGCAGUAGUACACACGUGAGCCCUCGUGCAAAUCCGUGGGAAUCCCUGGAAAGCUGUUCUUGACGAAAUACAUAUCACGUCAGUUUGUAUCCUUCGCAAUAAGAGACGUACGUGAAGAUGCGAGUGAAGAUGCCCAGCGCCACCCCUGAAGGGUCUCCCUCCCGUCCACGGCCCCUCCUUCGCUGCCUUCGUCCGAUGCUCUAGGAAGCACCGCGUCCGUUCUUUCCGUCACGUUCUCGCCGUCGUUCGGAUGCUUUUCUGCAGCUGUGAGUUUUCGUUAUGCUGGAAACUUGGCUCAUAUUAAGGCGAAGCUGAAAUUCUUUUUCUAAGCGGCCGGAUCGAAGGAAACGAUCGUUUUUACGGGAGAUCAGUGGAAGUCAAUGAAUGUUCUGAAGGCGUCGAGAGAAAUAAGGAACGGUGACGUCACCGUUCCGUCGUUUUGUAACUGCAAAACGUGACACGUUAUUGCUGCCUGAAGGUGUUUUACCACUUACCUGUAGUUCAUAACUCAAACAAUGUAAAAAACAUUUUAUUGUUUCAUUCAUUCAUUCAUUCAUUCAGUUAUUUAAAGCUGAUUCUCUAGCAAUAUGAGAGCACUUUGAAAGCCUCACAGAAGUGAAUUUAGUUUUCAGCUGCUGCUGAGAUUUCUGUUUCGUACCCGAGUCUGAGCAGUGUUUGGUCCUGUGCUCUUGUGUAACGUGCAAGUGGAAAAAUUUGAUGCUUUAAAGACAUAGUGAAGCUCUCAACCGUAAUCAUGGGGAUGUCUGUAUUUUUAUGGAUCUACCGUCAGAUAUAUUUGCUCUAUUUAUUCGGGGGGCGGGGUGCGUGUGUGUGGGGGGGCGUCGUGAUCUUCGAUGAGCACUGCAGCUAUUGAUACCUGUAGCCUUUUCAUGUCGAAUGUGUGUAACUGGUGACGGACAACAUGUAAGAAAGGAGAAAAAGGAAAGCAGCAACACAACAGCAAGCAGCAGAGAAGCCGUGUGUGUGUGUGUGUGUGUGUGUGUCAGUAUAAUGCAGUGUGCGCCCGCGUGCGUUUGUGUGUCUGUCUGUCUGCUUCAGCACCUCACUUUUGUGCGAGGGGACAGCUGGACUCGUGUCCACGUCCCGUCGCAGUGUGCGUCCCGGGCCGGAGCUACACUUAUGAACACGGUCCGGCUGCGCGUCCAGCGUUCCGCGCGGCCAGUGAGCCCAGCGGUCAGUGGCUUUGUGAGGGAAGCCGGGGUAAAAAACGGGUGGCCGUGAAGAAACGCCGGUACAGAUUCGGCUCGAUCUGCAGCUCUGUUGCGCCUCGGUGAGGGUGACAAAAUCACGAUGGCGGCAGUUUCUGCGGGAAGCGAGACUUUCCCACAGCACUGCUUCUUCACUCCUUCAUACUUCACUCACAUCUCUUCUGUAGCGUUCAUCUGCCCUGAAAACAAAAAAGUAGUUCAGGGUUAGGGUUAGGGUCAGGGUUAGGGUUAGGGUUAGCGUUAG